CUGGGGGCUCCCGUCGGGCUGCUGCAGUUUGCCAAUGGCGAACGUGAUGCGUGUUACGUACGGAUUAUUUUUAUUUUCUGAGUAAUCUUUCUAUGGUAGCAAAACCAUAUGUCUUAAGGCUACAUAAGUGGUGUACUAAAACUUUGAUAUUGUUUCGUGACGGUGCUUGUGUUCUUUAUAAUGCUGCUGCUGCAAAGUAAAGCUGCUUGUAUUAGACAAACAUGCACCAAAGCCAAAGGAAAGACUGAAUGAAAGUGUUGUCUUAGUCCUCGAAGCUCUGAGCUCACAGUGAUGAUCUCUCAGAUCAGCCCGAGUCUGUACCUGAGUGGAGUGGAGGCCGUGAAUCAGUCAGCGCUGGAGCACAGAGGCAUCACUUUGCUGGUGAACGCCUGCGCUGAAUACCCCUGUCCCGAGUAUCAGGGGGUGAAGUGCGUUUGGGUGCCGGUGGAGGACCGUCCUCACGCCCCUCUGGAGCAGCACUUUGACAGGGUUUCUGAGCAGAUCCAGCAGAACUGCUCUGGAAGCUCUCUGGUGUUCUGCUCGGCCGGGAGAAGCAGGUCUCCGUCUCUUAUCAUGGUGUAUCUCAUGCGCUUUGAGGGUCUCUCGCUACUUCAGGCUCAUCAGCGGGUUCUGGCAGCACGGCCCUUCAUUCGACCAAAUGCAGGCUUCUGGAGACAACUGCUUCAGUAUGAGAGGAAACUGACCCACAGCAACAGCAUCAGGAUGGUGUCCACCUCACAGGGCGUCCUACCAGAGGCCAUCCAGCUCACACAGGACUCCUCAUACUGCCUGGAUGUUUAAUUCUGGACACCCUGAACUGGACAUAUUUUUAUAGUGUGUGUGUGUAAAACAAAUAGCUCUGUAGUAUUUAAUUGUAAGUAAAACAUAUAUUUCAGUAUAAUACAAUGAUAACUGAGUCUGUUGUAACUUUUUUGAUGUAUAGAUUUUAACACAUAAAAUGCACGGAUAAUCAAGUAAAUCUACAUUGCGUCAGCCCAUUAAAAGUUCAUCUUGAAAUAUUUAUUUAACAAUAUAACAUUUAUUAUUAUGUUUAAGCUAAUGAAAAUCAUUAAAGAUUUCACAUCCCAAAGACGUGAACCACAACCAGAAUUAUUUUAAAUGUAAGACUAAAACUAUAAUAAGAGGGCUCAGAUUAAAUGUAUGAACUAUCAGUCAGAGGGCAGAAGGCAUGUAGAUGAUUGUGUCCAACAAACUUUUUUUCAGCAAAGAUUAAGAUUAUUCUGAUCAUUUAGAGGCCUUAGAAAUUCAUGUAUCAGGUGAGAUUUUCUGGGAUAUCGUUGUUGGUUAGUGUAACAUAUAUAUUGUUUCAGAUCAUUGUAGUUCAAGCACCUCCUGUAGGCAGGUGUAUCUGUACAGUUUUGUUUUGUGACUGUAUAUGACUUUGGUUUAUUUGAUUGCUAUAAAGGGCAUGUCAAAGUAAUUUUUCUACAUGCCAUUUCCUUUACUGCAGACCACUAGGGUGUCUUCAACAAUUGCUAGAAGUCAUUGCAAACUAGGUGCAUUAGUUUACCUUUGUUUCAUUUCCUAUAGAGGUUAACUUAAGGCAGCUCUCUCAAACACGUCACGUGGUGUCUCAUAAGUGUUUAUGAGACACCAUGGACCAAGUCUCUAAGUACUGAUACUACAGUAAAAUAAGAAAAGGUCAUAUGCAAAAUAGUUUGUUGCACUGAUUUAAAAUCUGAAGUGGUGCAAAUAAGCAGUCUUUUUGCUACACUAUUGAUUUUAUUUAAGAAUAUAUAGUUCUUAAAACUUCUGGAGCAAUUGUGGUUCACCAAUUUGCCAAUAUCAACAACUCGAUAUUGGUCAAUUUUUAAAUAGGCCUAUUAUAAUUUGGUAAUGUAGGGGCCCUUGAAAAUUGUUCUGGAUCAGAUCAGCUCAUCAGAUCAUACU